UUGUGCCUCGCAUCCCUGUUACGAUUCGUAAAUACUCUGCAGUGGCUACUCCAGGGGGUCUUUCCCCGUUUGCUGCCGAACGUUUGGUUGCUGAAGAACAUGCAAAGAGCACUGCCAAAACCUGGAAAAAUAUCACUAUUUAUGUUUGUUUCCCAGCCCUUCUUUUGGGUACAGCAAAUUCAUACAGAAUCAUGAAGGAACACGAGGCUCACAAAGAGCAUGAACAUAAAGACGAAAAUCACCCACUUUAUCAAUACCAACGUAUCAGAACCAAGCCUUUUCCAUGGGGUGACGGUGACAAAACUCUCUUUCAUAAUCCUGCAGUUAAUAAAUAA